AAUACCUCCUGCAUAUUCCUCACAUCAGAGUAUUUUACAUCCAUAGCUGUAUUUUCUCAUGUUUAUCAUUCCAUAGCUACAUCUGCAUAAAUAAUUAAAGCAUAAAUUAAUGGAUGACACAUGGUAAUCUGGUGCACAAAGAGCCAGUUUAUUGUAUUUUCUCAGUGAUGCAUUGGAAGUCAUAUUUUAUUUAAAUGAGACAGAGACAGACAACCUUAGCUAUCAUUCUAAAUUAGAAUAAUAAAAGUAUGGUAAACUUCAUUAGUCACAAAUAUUCAUAGAACAUUAUUAAUACUUAUAUAAAUUAGAUUUGUAUAGAAUUUCUACUUACACUGAGGGGUAUAACAGUUGUUAGUAAUAUUAGAUGAUGCUCUGCAUAAUAAUUCAUAAAAGUUGGCAGAAUAAAAUGCAAUGCUGUCACAUAACAACUGUCAGUUGAUGGGCGUAAGUAGGAUAUAUCAUAAGCAUUUUAAUCAACAGUGCUUUGAACAUGCAAAUUUCUUUAAGAACUAUUUCCAAGUGGAAUAAUUUUCUAUACAUGUAGUUGGAUGUAGAGCACUGAAGAGAUUGACAAUCUGUUUUAAUGGGUGCUCUUUUAAAUUAUAUUUUACCUGUGCUAUUAACUAUGCACUAUUAACAGAUGAAUCUGAGGUGGCAGAACCUAGCAGCCACAAAAAAAGGGCAGUAAACGAGGCAGAAGGAUGGAGAAAAAUACGAUCUGAUCUGGCUGUUGCCCAGAUGGAAGGAUUUUGUCCUGCUUCAAACCAAUGUUUCUCAUGUGACUCUUCUGAGGUUCCCGAAAUCAUAUGGUGUCCUGUGGACCCAACACUCUGUAUUGCAUAAUGUGUAAUGAAAAUAUCCACCGCAUGGUAAUGUACCAUCAGGCAUAUGUUUGGAAAAAUGAUGUUUAUAUGUUUGUGCCCCUUAUUAAAGAAACAACCCUCAUCCAUGAACACUCAUGUGACAGCAUAUACUCUCGUCAAAUAAGAGUUUUUGAUGCAUUGGGGAGACAGCAUAAAGUAAAAUCCCAUUUCUGCCAGUGUGAGCCAGAAGCUGUUACCUUAGUUAGAAGGGGAUUAUGGCCAGCAACACCCAAACAGCCAGAAACAGCCUUCACGAUAACACUGAUGGAGCUAGGGCGAAUGCUACAGCUUGAAGGUCAAUUAUCUCUGCAAAAGUUUUGCUUUGCCUUAAAAAGAAGAACUACUUUCCUGCCUCCUCACACAACUGACUGCAGAAACCUCUACCUGGCACUGGGAAACGCACUAACUGAAUUCCAUCAUCAUCAAGUGUCGUGCCUUGAGAUGGCACAUUCUCCAGACAUUUUGGGCAAGAACUGCCCAAAACCUGAAAGGUCUGUCGUCUCUAUGGACGCUAAUUUUGGACUUGUCCACAAACUGCACUCUGGGUCUGGACCAGGACUCCAGUAUGCAAGAUUUACAGUCUUUAGUCCAGAUGACAGUGUCAGGGACUUCGUUAAUAAUCACUGCCAAGCAGUUUCAAAAUCUGUCCCUGAAUCAUCAGAGUGCUCAGACUUUCAGGCUGGUGACAUGGUUAGGGCUAAAAAUAAAAGUGCAAAUCUGGAUAUAAAAGGAGUGUUUGGCUCUGUGUGUCACCAUGGAUUUCUCCUCUAUUUUGUGAACAUGGAGCAUGGAGAAAGAUUUGCAUAUCCAGUCUAUAUUAUGAAGCAGGUUGCUUCAAGGCAGAGGUGUCCAGAACUGACUGGACAACUUGCAGAGAGAUUCAAAUUGGUUGUUCCUGCUUUCCAUAGCUUUGCUCACAACACAAGGUGUCAGAUGACAUUUGGACAGCAAUACUGCAAAGGAACUGGUCUAAUAGAUGGAGAAGCCAUGGAAAGAUUGUGGCCCUACCUACGAAAAUUUUUAUGGAGCAAGGAGAUGACACUGCCGAAUAGACAGGAUCUUCUAAGCAGUGCUCUACUAAAUUAUGGACGGAGAAUUUUCUUUUCUAUUGUUCAGACAUUUUCUGUAAGGCUUAAGAAAGCAAGGCAAAUUCAAGUGAAUUCCAAGGUAUUCAUCAGUGAUGUGGAAAGAAAGUAUGAUGGAAAUGCUGUGGAUUGGCUUCAUCAACUGACACAGAUUCUAGUGACAAAUGAUGAUCAAAGAGGGACUGAUCCACUGAUUGAGAAGGCCAGGAAGCUUUCUACAGAGCGUCAGCACCUGCUGGGACUGAAAAAGCGCUAUGCUGAUGGCCAGAAAACUGCCAUGCGACUCACAAAAAGACUUCAUCUCAACACCUCUAAUCUACAGGCUGUUGGCAACAAGCUACGAGAGAAGGGCAUCAAUAUUUUAUUUGCACAGCUUGCAGGCCCUAAGUCUGCCGUAUAUGAAAACAACAAUCACAACUUGUGUAGAGAGCAAGUCCAAGCUGCCAAUUCUGUUAUCGAAUGCUGCCGUGCAGAAGAAUAAGAGAAACGUAUCCUCGAAGAUAUAGACCUUCUGCAGCAGUGGCUGGUGCAUUAUAACAUAUCACCAGUGCAGUACUUGACUGAUCACACUCGAUAUCAUCUUGGACUGAAUCAUGUUAAGUCACUCAGCAAGAUGAUAGUGGAAGACAUGUUACAUUUGCUUCAGGGCACUUUUUGUCAUCACCCUGGAUUUCAGAAAAUUAACUUUGACUGUUCCAUUGGCAGUUUACUGUCGGCAGCUAAGGAUCAACCGACACUUCUUCUAAAUUGUUCUUAUGAUGUAAUAGAUAUGUUUAGGGAUAUUGACACAGACGAUGAAGAUUCUGAUGGGGAUGGUAAUUAAGUAAACAUUCCGUGUUACCCACAUGUCUCCUGUACUCAGGGUGAAACACUGGCAUAUGUUUUAUUGAUAUGAAACUGAUAGCUAUUAAUCCCUUCUGUUUAUUGUCCCUCUAGACUUUUUUGUGUCCAUCUGCAGAAAAAAAUUCUAAAAAUCAUUUAAUCAUCUUCCUUAAAAGCGUAAACAGUUUUAGAUGCAUUAUUGACUACUAAAUAAUAAUGGUAACCAUCUUAUUUUAUACUAACAAACUGUUAAGUCAACUGCAUCCUGAUAAAUUAAGACUUUGAAUGGUAGCAACCUUACCCUCAAGCAAAAAAAAAACACGUCGUGAAGGCUAGAUGUUUUUGAAAUAGUUUUGCGACAAAACUCACUCCAGUACAGAUAUCCCCAAAGAAGAUUGAAAGAUUAUUUUUCCUUCAAGUUGAAAGUUAGACUGAAGUGGAUAAAAGAUCUAAAACAACUUUAAACGGGUUGGAUGUUCAUAAAAGCCAUUACGAAUUACUAUACAUGACACUGAACAACUGCCAUUUCGCCCCAGCUCUGUGUUUCCCCCAUCUACAAGCCUCAAUAACAACUGAGGUGCUACAUUGCGAAAUCACCUUAAGGUGGAAGCACCUUCCCUUCCAAAAUGAACAAGAGGUGUAACAUGCUGAUGGCACAAAAGAUUUCAGAUGCCUAUUGCUUUUGCAUACAGGCAUGGCAUAGCGGUUACCUGAGAUUAAUAAAACAAAUUCCCCCGCUAGCACAUGUUCAGGUAUGGACAGAAUGCUGGAAGCUUUCUUUACUAGUUGUUGGUCACAGAAGGAAGUUAAGUCUCUCUGUUUGUUAGCAAUUAUCUUAGAACAGAUGUAAACAAUGCUAUUCAAACUAUUCCUAUCAUGGACAGAUACAUUACGAAACCAGCAUACAAAUGAAAAAGAUAAAAGACUCUCAAUAAACGACUAGUACAAACGGCCUAAAAUUGUUUGGCUGACUGAAAAACUAUUUAACUUCCGCAGAAGGUACAUUCUUUGCUUGCCACGUUUGACAAUGUGUUCAGUGUUUAGAGUCAAUUAAGCUGGCAAUCAAAAACAGUUUCCAGGUGCCUGAAAGAGGUAACAGUUUCAACAGGUUUGCUAUGUAUCACACUGGGAGCAACAAAAUCCUCUUUAAAUCUCCUAAAAUCUAUAUUCAAUUCUUUUGUUUUGUCUACAUUUAACUCAAGAAAGUUCUCAUCGCACCACUGCACAAAGUCUGUUAAGGCAAUUCCAUGAUCUUUCUUACGUUCUUGUAUAAGAGUCAACAAUGCAGUAUCAUCAGAAAUCUUAAUGAGGUAGCUAUUAUCCUCCAUACUUCUGCAGCUGUCAGUAUACAAGAUAAACAACAAGGGUGAUAGACAACAAUCUUGUGGGGACCCGGUGCUUGUGACAAUAAUGUCAGAAUAAUUACUAUUUACAUACACCCUCUGCUGUCUGCAUGUAAAAAAAUCCACUACCCACAACACCAAUUGGUGUGGUAGAAGGUAUGGUAGCUAGAAGGUAUGG